GCAAGAUGGAGGCCGCGCAGAGGCCGCCGCCUGGGCCGAGGCAGCCGCUGCUGGGAGAGCCGAGCCGCGGCGCCUAGGCCGUGCCCGUCCCGGACCCGCCGCCCCCGACCGGGCCCAGCAGCCCCCAGGUCCCCCAGCUCCGCCCCGGGCCCCGCCCUCGCGAGUUCCUUGACUCCGGGCCGCUUCUCCCCAGCUCCCGCCCGGCAGCCCGCGUUCCGUCCCGGGCCGGCGGCCCCCGCCAGCCGCCGCCGCCGGCCCCGCCCCCGGGCACCAUGCUGCCCUCGCAGGAGGCCUCCAAGCUCUACCACGAGCACUACAUGCGGAACUCGCGGGCCAUCGGCGUGCUGUGGGCCAUCUUCACCAUCUGCUUCGCCAUCAUCAACGUGGUGGUCUUCAUCCAGCCCUACUGGGUGGGCGACAGCGUAAGCACCCCCAAGCCUGGCUACUUCGGCCUCUUCCACUACUGUGUGGGCAGCGGGCUGGCGGGCCGCGAGCUCACCUGCCGGGGCUCCUUCACCGACUUCAGCACCAUCCCAUCCAGCGCCUUCAAGGCGGCCGCCUUCUUCGUGCUGCUCUCCAUGGUGCUGAUCCUCGGCUGCAUCACCUGCUUUUCGCUUUUCUUCUUCUGCAACACGGCCACGGUCUACAAGAUCUGCGCCUGGAUGCAGCUCUUGGCAGCUCUGUGCCUCGUCCUGGGCUGCAUGAUCUUCCCUGACGGCUGGGACGCCGAGACGAUCCGAGACAUGUGCGGGGCCAAGACGGGGAAGUACUCCCUGGGGGACUGUUCCGUGCGCUGGGCGUACAUCCUGGCCAUCAUCGGCAUCCUCAACGCCCUCAUCCUCUCCUUCCUCGCCUUCGUGCUGGGCAACCGGCAAACAGACCUGCUGCAGGAGGAGCUCAAACCGGAGAACAAAGAUUUUGUGGGCUCUACAGUAAGCUCUGUGUUGCGGCCAGGGGGUGAUGUCUCUGGAUGGGGAGUCCUCCCCUGCCCCGUGGCUCACUCACAGGGACCCUGAAGGCCAGGACCACAGCCCAGGAAUUGGCCUGACCUCAGCUUGUCCUGUUUCCUGCCCUCUCAUCUCCUCCAUUCAAGAUCCGAGGGAAGACCUUGAUCUCAGACUGACUUCUCACCUGCUACCGGCCUGCCAGCUCCAGGCUUUGAAGAGAGGAUGGGGCUGGGAUGCAGCCUCGGGGAGGGGAGAGGCCCUCCAGCCCCUGGGAGAGCCUGAUUCUGGCUACUCCCUCAAUUGGGAGCCCAUUUUGCCCUGGUCCGCUGGGCUUCUUUGCCCUCCAGACUGGCCUGGGGGGCCCCUGCACGUCCCCAGGGGAGGGAGGAGCCUGUGGUUCCCAGCCCCUGGGUCUGGAGGGCUGCUGCCUGGCUGUAUCCUUGGCCUCCUCUGGUUCCUGCCUCCUCCAGAA